AUGCUAAUGAACGAAGUUGCCGAACGAUUUCUCCAUCUUGAUUUCGAAUCCAACGAAAUUCUCACAAUUCUCCAUGAGUACAAAACCUAUCCUCUCGUUCCCAUCAAAGAAGCUAUUGAACCAAUCAAAGCACUACUUUACAAUUCCGAUUCAAUGAUAAAAUUAGCAAAAAAGAAUUGCCGUAAACCUCCGGAUGGAUUAACUCAAGAUGAAUCGUGUGCUAUUUAUCUGUACACAAUGCCGCGACCAUCUCCGCAUCUAAGUCUAUUCCAACUACUUCACGAAAGUUUCUAUUCGAAAAAACGCGAUGCUUUAACACCUUGGUUUCUCUAUUUGAGAUUGUUCUUCACAGCGUUGUAUAAACUUCCAUCAUACAAAGGUUUAGUUUAUCACGGAACUGGAAAAAAUCAAAUUGAUCAAUAUGAAAGAGAACGUUCUUGGUGGCAGAUCAGUUCAUGCACGGAGAAAAUGAAUUUAAUCGAUUCUCUCAUGGAAAACAAUGGUGAACGGACGAUAUUUAGUAUUGAGUGUUCGAAUGGCAAAUCCAUUCGUUAUCAUUCACAUUUUCCAGGUGAAAAUGAAAUUCUUCUUCUCCCGGGAAUCUCAUUUCAAAUAGUUGGUAAAUGGAAAGCAGGAAAAGAUUUAUUCGUUAUUCAAUUGAAGGAACAAAUAUCAACCGUGAAUAUCUUAACUCCACUGCCAGCAAAAGCAAAACCUUUGGAAACAAAAUGGAAACAAUUCGGCGUGACAAUUCUUGAAGAAAACCAAUUAAAUUCACCACAGGGAAUUUUCAUUGAUAAAAACAAGACUAUUUUCAUUGUUGAUUGUAAUAAUCACCGAAUUGUACGACAUGGGAAAGAAGGACGUGUUAUAGAUCAAUUAAACCAUCCAAUCAAUGUUAUUAGUGAUCAAGAAGAUCAGUCGUUAAUCAUUACUGAUUUAGGAAAUCGACGAGUGAUUCGAUGGCAGAAUGAAGAUCAACGAGAAAUUCUGAUUGACAAUAUCGUAUGUUAUGGAUUAACUAUGGAUAAGUUUGGAUUUAUUUAUGUAACUGAUCAAGAAAAGAAUGAAGUGAGACGAUGGAAGCAAAGUGAUCAGCAAGGUUUUGUUGUUGCAGGUGGUAAUGGAAAGGGAAACCAACUCAAUCAACUUUCGUGUCCAACGUAUAUUUUCGUUGAUGAUCAACAAUCAAUUUAUGUUUCAGAUAAUUCAAAUCAUCGUGUGAUGAAAUGGCGAAAAGGUGCGAAAGAAGGAAUUAUUGUUGCUGGAGGACAUGGUCAAGGAAAGAAAUUAAAUCAACUAUCUUAUCCUGCAGGAGUUCUCGUUGAUCAGCGAGGUCAAAUUUACGUCGCUGAUAGUUGGAAUAAUCGGGUCAUGCGUUGGUGUGAAGAAAAGAAAGAAGGGGAAAUUAUUGUUGGCGGAAACGGUGAAGGAAAUCAGUCGAAUCAACUGAAUGGUCCGACUGGUUUAGCAUUCGACUGCGAGGAAAAUCUUUAUGUGGCCGAUUGUAUCAAUAGCCGAAUCCAAAAAUAUGAAAUUUCACUGAAAUAA